AUGCAGGCGCUCAAGCUGGUGAAGCAGAUAAUGGCGGUCGACUCUUCGCGGCUACCUCGUGAAGUCGUGCGCACAGUUGUGGCGGUCUCCGGUCACAAAGAGGACAACUUCCGAAGGGUGUGCCUGGAAACCUUGCAGGAGUUGGCUGUCGCUGAUCCUCGCGUGGUUGCGCAUGCCAAUGGCUUCCGCGUGCUGUUGGCAGCUGCCAUCGAUCCAGCAAACCAGGACCUGACGGAGCCGCUGGUGACGACUCUGACGUCUAUCAUCGAGGACCCUGCCACGAGGCGAUACGUGCGGCCUCACCUAGAAAUUCACCAGCUGCUGACCGGGUUCACGGAUCUUGACGCCCCUCCCGGACCCGAGAGAGCUCAUAGGUGGCAGGCUACACGUAAGGCCUUGGUCAUAGCAAUGCGCACUUGGGCAGGCGUGCACCUCUUGGCGUCGGAUUCCCGCGGGCUCGUGACGCUGAUGCGGCUUUUGCGGGACCCAUCGGCGUCAUUCAGCGACGACGCAGGGUUACAAGAUAGUAUUUUGGAGACCAUCGUGGACAUCUUCGAUCCUCUCGUGGGCAUGGACAGGACAACUUCAUCAGCCGAGCCGGGGCGAGAAAGCAAGCUGUCCGCCCCAUUCUCAGGGAGGUCGGCAACACUACCACACAAGAGCGCGGGAUCUGGGUUGCGAACAAGGAGAGGCUCGGAGCCACACAACCUGUUGCUGAGCUAUGCGACCUUGUUGUGCGCAGCGUUCGUUCACUGCGGCCUUAUUCCUAGCCUCACUACGCUGAGUAUUUCGGCUGGAUCGGAGAAGCUGCGAACCAAGGCUGCAACACUACUGGUGGAUGUGCUACACUUGUGUGCCAUGCUUCUAUCGCAGAAUCAAUGCACGCGACUUCUUUCGAUGCCAGGCCUGGUUGAGAUCGCGGCAGAGUCUCUAACAGGGUGCAUGGGAAUUGCGGAAGGCGGAGUGCGAUCUUGUCACUUAACACGUAGUCGGGCGUCAAGGGCGAGUGACUUGGUUCGGUUGUUGCAUGGAGCCCUAGGCGCCGGAGCUGUUGGCCCUGUAUCCGCAUAUUUUGGGCAGCAGGGCCAAACGGAGCAGCCGAUGGUCACCAUUGGGGGCCUUAUGGAGAAGGUUUACGAGGCAGAAUCAGCGAUCGACAGCGGUAUGGAUACGCAUCAGAGCCAAGGCUGGGAGCCCACAGGGACCUUGGAACAGAUGCGGAAAGAGCUCCGAGUCAGCAUCGAGUCAAGCGUCGAGAAGAGUGUCAUGGAAGCCCAGAUGAACAAAAGCAAGGUUUUGGCUACGAAGGACUGGACGAAGUGGGACUGGGAUGUUGUGGAUGACAUCGUGCAGGAUAUUCUCCCCCACUCACCUCGGGGAGGAGGUGGGGGACUUCACAAUAUGCGGUGGGAUCCAGACCACAUUCGCCAUAUCGCCUGUGCUGGACGGCUGUACUCUCUUUUGCUUCAGCAGCAAGAGGGGCUCCACUUCCUACAGACAGACGCUAGAGGAGGUGUUCUGCAGGAAACGGUCAAGGAGCUUCAGGCGUUGGUCACAAGAAGAUGUAGCGGGAGUGGAUCGGGCAGGUUUGCAGCCGCGUCGAAGGUUUUCGAUAUGGACUCAUGCCAGCGGAAUCUAAGUGGAGGCUACAUCACGCUAUUGUUCAGCGUCGCCGCCGGAACUGAAGCUGGGCGACAACUCCUUUCAGAUACGGGUCUCUGGGAUCAUCUCGCUAGGAUGGGCAGCCAGCCGGAGCUGGACUACAUGAGCCGCCUUAUCUUGGCGAAGAUCGACCUCGCCUCCGAAAAAUGCUUUCCUCGGGAUCAGCUAGAAUCAUGGAUGACGACAGGCUCCAGAAUGCGAAUCGCGUUGAGAAAUUCCAGCACGGCGAACCGUCGGCUGAGAGAUCCUGUACUGACAGCUCACGGCGGAAGCACCACGCCCUCGGACUACGCUCGUUCGGAAGAGUGGUGCAUUGAGAUGCUGGUGGCUCAGGUACAUGGCGACGACCCAGCCGUUGCUCGGGCUGCUCUUUCCGUGCUGGAGGAGGCCACGCAAGACGAGCGCUGCCUGCGAACUCUUGUAUUGGCCAAGCCGGACUUGAUCCACAAACCAGGAGCAAACGAUCUGCUCAUGCGUUUCUUGUCAAUACCUGAGGGUAUCGUGUAUCUCGAGGAACACGGAUGGGUGGAACAAAUGGUACGGGAGUGGAAAGACAGCGGCCGUACAACGACGUACGCCGACAGCGUCGACAUGAAGUGGAAGACGCAUGUCAACGACGUGGAGCAUGUGGAGGAACACCUGAGCAUGGAGCCGAUGUCAAAGCAUGAACACGACAUCAGCGACUCUGGCGUGGCGAUCCCAAUCAGGAUGAGCAACAUGUCGCAAGAUGGCGGUGUUGAAGUAGAGCUGCUCAUGAGCCUUCCAUGGAAUAUUGAGGUCAUGCUGUCAACAGAUUCGACGGCCACGUCAGGCUUGCAGCUGAGGUUGGACACGUUUGUUGACACCCUACCAAAGGAAGACUCUCCAAGCGUGGGAGCAACCGCCAGGGGCGCUCCAGGCGCGACUAAAAUGGUGGUCCGUGGCAUUUUGGUGGAUUCGGCCGGUAAACCAACGUGUCAUCCAUUGGAGGCGCACCUCACCAUUCAUGCACGGCUAUGUGUGGGCGCUUGUGCUGUGGACCGCAGGGGGAACGUACAAUGGAGUCCAACCUCCUCGCUGAUGGAUAAGCACACGGCACCGUUCGGACGGAGCCGCUCGAGCCGACCUCCGCGGUCGCAGUGGUCACCGCAGCACGGCCGAGCCGAUCAUCACAGCUCGUUUGGAACCAACACAAUGUAUCGCGGCGUGCAAGGAAUGCAGGACUUCGGACCUGGGCGUGAACUGCCCGAAGAUCCGUCAGACAUGGAACACCAGUUGUUCUGGUCGACAUGUCGGCCUCAUCAGAGGGUGCCCCCAUCCCCACUUGUUGUCAACCCUGGGUCCGACAACGGCAAGGAUGACAGCCGGUCUGGGCUAGGCAUGCAUACUGUGUCACCGCUAUCGAACUCCUUGCACGACGAGGCCCUUGACGGGGACGAACAAGAGGCUUUUUUGCCGGCAGCAAGGGCUGAUCCGGUCGGCAAGAGCGAUGCCGAGGCCGAAGACGGGGAAACCCUACAAGAAAGCGCACGAUCCGCAACGUGUGGGCGUGAGCGCGUUGUGCGCGUGCCGAAUGAGACGGCGCGUUGGGUGUUCACCAAUCAACCCCAGUCAGAGGAUACAAUUUCUACGCAGGUUGUUGAGAAUUCGAGCGUCACGUACCUCAAGGCGGUCGAGAUGACGAUUUCGUUGAAGGACAUGGGGCCGGCGGGCAUCUUGCUUCCACCCCACCUGUACGGCGAGUUGGCGAAAACAGAGAGAGGCUGCGAGCUUUUGCAGAAACAUGGCGAUCUCAACAAUCUGCUCCACAUUGCGAGGAACUCUGGCGCUGCGGCAGAUGACCGCAAGGGAGCACUGUGGGCAGUGGCGCACGUCAGUAGCUGGCCUCUCGGUCUAGCUCUCCUUGAGGAACUUCGGGGCGAUGUGGUUGGCAUGCUGCUCAAAAUGUGCACGUCGGAAUCGCACUUGUCUGUGUGGGGGACGUUGUUUUGCGUGGUAAGUUUGGUGGCACGCACAGCACGGGGACGGGCGGCGAUCAGGGCGGCGGGGUGGGAAAGCGCGAGGGAUCCCAGCACGAGCGCGUUCUUACCGCAGGACCCAACGGUUUUAUUCCAGCCCGUACCAUGGGAGUUUGAAGGGUCGCUAACGCGAGGCCUGGACCAGCAACCAGGCGAUCCUAUCAUCGACAAUUUGCGAAAGGACCUGGGGCGGACAAGAGACGCGGACAUCCUGGAUCAAGUUGUAAAAUUGAGCAGCCACAUAUCGCGGAAGGAAGCGAUGAGAAAACUCAGCCGAAUGCGCAAGGACAAGGCUUUCAAAGAAUCCUUCACGAACAGUCUCCCGGUGUUCCUUCUGGUGCACCAGCUCCUCGCCGACUACAGCUUUUCACUGCCCAUGCGACGAUAUAUUUUCGAGCUCUUUGAACAGGUGGCACCAGGCAGUCUCAACUGGGAACCAUACGUCGCAUGAGCAACGUCUACCGCCUGUAGAGCUGUACCCAUGACGUGGACUCCGGCCGUUAGUCUAUCAUAUCGCUUCUGUUGCGUGUGGUAGCAGCUUGGGAUACAAGUUUAUGUUGGGCGUGGCCUCAUGUAGAUCCCUUGCGUAUUCUAGACAAGCAUGCUUCGCCCGCGGAAGGUGGAAGGAUGAUUCUGUAUCAUGGGCAUCAAGCAAACCUGUAGUGUUGACUCCCUGUGUUGUACAACGUAAAUGGUCUACACUGUAUCCUCUCUGAAGUUUGUAUGUAGGAUGAAUAUUGCGAGAGUUGUUCGAGCAUUUCUUCGUUUACCCGUGAGCAAAGAAAGGCUAAGUUUUGGGACGUCGCGACCUGCUCUUGAAACCGGAAACAAUCUCACACCCGGUUUUUGGCCCACCAUUCGAUCUUUGAUUCUCCGAGGCUUAGAGGAAAGCUAAAAACCGCAUCCAACG